AUGGCCUCCUCCAUCACCGGCCCGGUGCCGCUUCCGGACUCUCGCUUCGACCUCUCCACAUACUGGGGCCGUGUUAAGCACUGUGCUGAGAUUUCAGACCCUACAAUGCUUCUCAACACUUCGUCUGACAUUGAAAACGCUAAACGAGUUGUCUGGGACUAUAGAAACGGCGUCACCGGCAAGCUUACGCCUGACUUUUGGAAAUCCAAGAAGAUCUUGGACUCUGCUUUGCACCCUGACACUGGCGAGACCGUGUUCUUGCCGUUCAGAAUGAGUUCAUGUGUGCUUUCUAACUUGGUUGUCACGGCUGGUAUGCUUACGCCAGGCCUUGGAACUGCUGGAACUGUGUUUUGGCAGGUGGCCAACCAGUCUUUGAAUGUAGCUAUUAAUAUUUCGAACGCCAACAAGCUGCAUCCAUUGACGACGAAGCAGAUUGCUACUAAUUAUACUAUGGCUGUGACUGCUUCAUGUUCGGUUGCUUUGGGUCUCAAUGCCUUGGUUCCAAAGCUUAAGGGUCUUAAGCCUAACACCAAGAUGGUUUUGGGCCGUUUGGUUCCUUUCGCUGCUGUCGUUUCGGCCGGUAUUGCUAAUGUUUUCUUGAUGAGAAGUGAAGAAUUGAAGAAGGGUAUUUCCGUGUUCAACAAGGACGGCGAAGACUUGGGCACUUCCAAGAAGGCUGCCUUGUACGCUGUCGGUGAAACUGCUGCCAGCCGUGUCAUCAACGCUACACCAGUCAUGGCCAUUCCACCAUUGAUUUUGGUGAGACUACAGAAGACUAGAUUUCUCAAGGGUAAGUCCAAGUUGACUGAAACUGCCGUCAACAUUGGUCUUAUCUUUGUUACAGCGCUCGUGGCAUUGCCUCCUGCCCUUGCCAUCUUCCCUCAACGUGAGAUCAUCUCGCCAGAUAGAUUAGAAGAGAAAUUCCACAACUUGAAGGACAAGUCCGGAAACAAGAUCGAACAAGUGGAGUUCAAUAGAGGUAUCUAG